AUGGAGUCGUAUGCAUGGGUGUUGGAUAGGUUUGUUGAUAUAAUGGGCCAUGCACCUCGUUUAUUCAUUACCGAUCAAGAUCCAGGACUCAAGAAAGCCGUCGCCUCUUCUUGGAAAGAAACCCGUCACAGGUUUUGCAUGUGGCACAUAAAUACGAAGGUUGCCGAGAAGUUGCCUCAGAAGUUGAGAGAGGAUGCCGAUUUUAGGGGUAUUUAUGAUGGACUGGUUUGGAAUGAGAACAUCGAUCCAAUAGUGUUUGAAGAAAAUUGGAAUAACAUGAUUGAGGAAUAUGACAUUGCCUCAAACAGAUGGUUCUCCGACAUGUACGAAGAUCGUGCAAAGUGGAUCCCGGCAUUUUUUAGAGAUGUACCUAUGAGUGGCUUUUUCCGAACCACAUCGAUGUCUGAAAGCGAGAAUAGUUAUUUCAAGCGCUUUAUCCAAAAGAAAUCUGAUAUUGUGUUAUUGUAUACUAACUUCUGCAGUGGUCUUGAUUCACAGAGAUAUAAUUACAAGCAGGUGACACAUGCCGACGAGACACGUUCUCCCAUGAUGAAGACAAAUCUACCCAUUGAAUGUAAUGCUGCGGCUGUAUACAUAAAUGCGAUGUUCAAGGAGGUUCAGGAGCAGAUAGACUGUUCAAGCAGAGCUUGUGCAAUGCGGAAGAUGUUUUCCGAUGGCGACGACAUCAUUUAUGAGAUUGAGGAUAAACUAGAUGGUCUCUCUACUGUGCGCCGUUUACACCCCCAUGACGACGUGGUAUGUAGCUGCAAAUUGUUCACCCGGAAAGGUAUCCUGUAA